AGAUUAGAUUAAUAUCACAAAAAACCCAGAAAAGAAAGUAACCAAAUAAGAGAGAGAGAGAAGCAAGAAAGGAGUAAUGAUGAAAACGUUGAAACGCAGAGAAAGCAGAAAGCUGAAAACAGACAGGAGAGAGAAAAGGCCCUUUUCUUUUGCAAUAGUGAGAGAAAGAGGCUAGAGAGAGAAACAGGUAGAGAUUACUCUACAUUGAAUCAUUAUAUAUAUAUAUAUAUAUAUUAUUAUAUUACUGGAAUUUAUAGAGGGAGAAAAGUGAGCUUAAAAAAUCAUUGGAUCCACAAACCUCUCUUUCUCGCUCUCUACAAACACUCUCUCACCUAUCAUUCCCCUUUUCGCUCCAUUUGUUCCCAUCUUUUUCUUCUUACAAUUGAAGCUUCAUAGCUCUUUGUAGUUUGACUCACUGUGGUUUCAGAAACAAUGCACAACAACCGUCUGAUCCUCUGAUCUCACUUUCUAUCUCUAAACAUUUUACGGCAAUGGGUGCUCGUUGUUCCAAGUUCUCAAUCUGCUGGUGGCAUUCUCACCUCAAACCCUCUGUUCUCGAAUCCUCUGAUCUUGAGAAUGGAGGCAAAAAUGACCGAAACACAUUGCCUAGCUUCAGUGAGUUCAGCUUAGAGGAGCUUAAAGCUGCUACGAGUGGGUUCUCUUCAGAUAACAUUGUAUCAGAGCACGGAGAGAAAGCUCCAAAUGUUGUUUACAAAGGGAAGCUCGAAAACGAUCGAUGGAUCGCGGUUAAGCGAUUCAACAAGUCAGCUUGGCCCGAUUCUCGCCAAUUCAUUGAGGAAGCAAGAUCGGUGGGGAAUUUGAGGAGUGAGAGAUUGGCAAAUCUGGUCGGGUGCUGCUACGAUGGGGAGGAGAGAUUGCUCGUCGCAGAGUUCAUGCCAAACGAGACACUGGCCAAACAUCUCUUUCACUGGGAGACCCAGCCCAUGAAAUGGGCAAUGAGGUUGAGAGUAGCCCUGUACUUGGCACAAGCUUUAGAAUAUUGCAGUAGUAAAGGGCGGGCCUUGUACCAUGAUCUCAAUGCUUACAGAAUCUUGUUUGAUCAGGACGCCAAUCCAAGACUAUCUUGUUUUGGCCUCAUGAAAAAUAGCAGAGAUGGCAAGAGUUAUAGCACGAACUUGGCUUUCACUCCUCCAGAAUACUUGAGAACAGGAAGAGUGACACCAGAAAGUGUAGUCUACAGUUUUGGAACUCUGUUGCUAGAUCUACUGAGCGGCAAACAUAUUCCUCCUAGCCAUGCGCUUGACCUGAUCCGUGGCAAGAAUUUCCUGAUGCUGAUGGAUUCUUGUUUAGAGGGUCAUUUUACAAAUGAUGAUGGAACUGAGUUGGUGCGAUUAGCUUCUCGUUGUUUACAAUAUGAAGCUCGUGAGAGGCCAAAUCCAAAGUCCCUCGUCACUGCUCUCAUGUCUCUUCAGAAAGAAACAGAGGUUCCCUCGUAUGUUUUGAUGGGUAUUGCUCCUGAAACUGCAUCCUCAACACAACCAUUGUUAUUGACGCCGUUGGGUGAAGCUUGUUUGAGAACGGAUCUCACUGCCAUUCAUGAAAUAUUGGAGAAGAUUGGAUACAAGGACGAUGAGGGGAUUGCAAAUGAGCUUUCUUUCCAAAUGUGGACAAAUCAAAUGCAGGAGACCUUGAAUUCUAAAAAGCAAGGAGAUGCCGCUUUUCGAAUCAAGGAUUUUACAACUGCCACUGAUUGCUACUCACAGUUCAUUGAUGGAGGUACCAUGGUAUCACCAACCGUGUUUGCAAGGCGUUGCUUGUCUUACUUGAUGAAUGACAUGCCACAAGAAGCUCUUGCUGAUGCUAUGCAAGCCCAGGUGAUUUCUCCGGAGUGGCCCACAGCCUUCUAUCUUCAGGCGGCUGCCCUGUUCAGCCUCGGGAUGGAAACUGAUGCCCAAGAAUCACUCAAAGAUGGUACCAACUUGGAUGCCAGAAAGAACAAAAGUUGAAAGUGUAUAGCCUUCUCUCUCUCUUUUUCUUCUUUAUUUUCUUAAUUAUUCACUCUAUAGUGGCUUGUAUCUAUCCCCAGGUUAUCCUCCUUUUCCUUCACGUUCUUUUGAUACAUUUUUAAUGGAUUCUUAGAAAUCUUACUGUUGGUUUUGAUUCUUAAUAUCUAGGCUCUCUUGAUCUGAGGGUCUGCUGUUUGUAAGUUUGUAAUUUCUAUGAAGAUCACGUUUCUUCCA